AUGGAAGGAGGACUUUUUGCAGGAAUUCGCAAGUUAUUGUCAGGUUUUGCAUGUUACCAAGCUCGUCCAUCUAUAGACGUGGACAAUUUUACGUCUACUAUUCGUUUUGAUACUCAAGAUAAAACCACAGAAGACGAAAGCUCUUCAUCUAGAUUUAAUUAUCUUAAUAAGUCUCCAAAACCUGUACAUUAUGAUGAAGAUGAAACUUCUGAAGAUUUAUCCCCAAAACUCACAAGAAAAAGGUCUUUAAGCACUACAGAAAAAAACCAGCCUGAUUUUUUCAAUGAUAAUAAUAUUUGCCAAUUUCAAACAGAGCCAAAAAAAAUUCUAAAUCCCUAUCAAAUUUAAAGGGGGUUAAUUUUUUUAAUAUACAAAAAAUUUUUGUUACGAUUUAAGGGGUUAAAAUACUAAAAAAUACAAAUUUUACCUAUGGUAUGUCACAUAAUAAGGGGAGUAAAGCAUUUUUACAAUAAUAAAAGAAAAGCAAAUAUAAUGCUAUGAAAUGCAAUAGAAAAUAAUGAACUUGAGCUUUGUGCAGAAUUAUUAGACGAAAAAGUAUAUGGAGAUCAAAAGGCGCAGCUUUCAUUUAAAGGCAAAGACAAUAAAACACCUUUACAUAGAGCUGUAGAGGUCGGAAAUAUUAAAAUUCUUGAUUUAUUACUAGAAAAAGCAGAAAUUUAUGAUUUAAAUGCUCAAGAUAACUUCUUGCAAACGCCUUUACAUUUAGCAUGUAAAAUUGCAAAUAAAAAUAUUGCAAAAAUUCUUAUUAACGUCGGUGCAAGAACUGAUAUAGAAGACAUUAACGGGAAAACUCCAUUCGAAAUUGCUAACUCCCCCCCCCCCUCCGUGAGCGAACAAAACCAUUUAGAAAAAUCGCCAUUUUUUGACCAAAAACCCACCCUCCGUGAGUGAACAAAAAUUUUUUAAUAGAAAAAAUUUUAAUGGAAAAAAAUUUUGAUAUAUAAGUGAUAAUUAGUAUAAUGAAAUCUAGAGCUAAUUCUGUUUAAUUUUAAACAAAUUGCGUUUUAAAACAUAAAUUUUGCAAAUUAAAUUAAUAUUUGCUUCCCAAUUUUUGCAAAUUAGGAUUUUUUAAAUUUCGAAAAAAAUAUUUUUUAUAAAAUUUAUAUAUAAAUUUUUUUAAAAAAAAAAAAUUAACCCCCCUCCGUGAGCGAACAAAAUUUUUUUGUUCGCUCACGGAGGGGGGGGGGAGUAAAGAAAAUGCGGAAAAAUCAUUUUUAGCAACUUUUUAUAAGCAAACAGAAAGGGUUUUUCCAGAUUCUCCAAUACCUUCACAAGAAGAUGAAACUAUAGAAAUACAAACUUUUGAAGAAUCUGAGAUUGAACAAAUGAUGCAAAGACUGUCAAGCCCUUUUAUCCCUAAUGAUUUAGGAAAAGAAAAAGCUUCAAAGGUUCCAGUUUUUGAUGAAGAAGAAAAAAUUGAAAAGAAAAAAGUGACUGCAAGUGAUUUUGAAGCAAUUUCUCAGUUAGGAAAAGGAAGCUUUGGAGAAGUGUUUUUGGUAAGGAAGAUAUGCACAGAUGAGCUUUUUGCAAUGAAAAUUUUGAGGAAAAAUAAAGUUAUUGGACAGAAUUUGGUGAAGUAUGCUUUUACUGAAAGAAAUGUGAUGAGCUAUUUCAAUCACCCUUUUAUAGUAGGAUUGAAAUUAUUUUUUAAAAAAAUUAAAUAAUAAUUAUUUAAAAUAUUUUAGAAAAAUUUAUACUUAUUGCAUUAGGUUUAGACUUUACUAUUAAACCCAGGAUCGUUUUUGAAAGAAAAACAAAUAAAGCAUACACAUAUUUAAUUAGGAAUUAUUUAUGGUAAAUAUAUCGAGGGGAUUGAAAUACGCAUUUCAAACAUCUGACAAAUUAUUUUUAAUUUUAGAUUACUGCCCAGGAGGCGACUUGACAUCCUAUAUCCAGCAAAAUAAGAAAUUUGAUGAAAAACGAGCAAGAAUUUAUUUAUGUGAAAUACUAUUAGCAUUAGAAGAACUUCAUAAAAGAGACAUUAUUUAUAGAGAUCUUAAGCCAGACAAUGUAGUUUUAGAUGCUCAAGGGCACACUUUACUCACUGAUUUCGGCUUAUCCAAAGAAGGAGUAUACGAUAAUGAUUCCGCUAAAUCAUUCUGUGGCUCUGUUGCAUAUUUAGCUCCAGAAAUGCUAAAAAGAAAAGGUCAUGGAAAAGCAGUCGACUGGUACUUACUUGGAGUUUUGCUUUAUGAAAUGCUGACAGGUGCUCCACCUUAUUAUGCAAGUAAUAGGGAACAAUUAUUUUAUAAUAUUCAGAACGCAAAAUUAAAACUUCCUGCAUAUUUAAGCCCAGAAGCUAAAAGUUUAUUGACAGGGUUACUUGAAAGAGAUCCCAGCAGAAGGUUAGGAAGCCAUUAUGAUGCAGAAGAUAUCAAAAGACAUGAAUUUUUCUCAGGAAUUAAUUGGGCAAAAGUUAUCAGAAGGGAGUUAAAGCCACCAAAACCUAACAAAAAAAUGAUCCCACUGCAGAAUAUUCCUCAAUAUAAAGUUAGAGGAAGACAAAGUUCGCCAGAAGGGGAUAGUCAUCGACUAGAAGGUUGGACUUUUAUUGGUGACAAUGUAAAUAUGCCAUAA